UUUCCCUCGCCUAGGUUUGCUGUGAACUUUCAGAUUGGCCCCAGUGACAAUGACAUUGCCUUCCACUUCAACCCUCGGUUUGAAAGAGGCGGGUAUUUGGUCUGCAACACGAAGCAGAACGGACGCUGGGGGCCGGAGGAGAGGAAGAAGCACCUACCCUUUCAGGAAGGGAGUCCUUUUGAGCUCAGCUUUCUGGUGCAGAGAUCACAUUUCCAGGUGAAAGUGAACAGGAGCUUCUUUGUGCAGUACUCACACCGUGUACCCUUCCACCGCGUGGACACCCUCUCUGUCACCGGCAUUGUGCAGCUGUCCUCCAUCAGCUUCCAGGUCAGAUGGUCCACCUGGCACCUGUCCCAGGGGUGGGGGCCGGGCCCAGCCCUGCCUUUCCGCUCCUCCUUGGCUUCAUUAAUGCUUCUCUUCACCCCCUGGCACGGUUGUCAAACUCGUUUGACAGUCCAGAUUCAUGGAAAUUGGCACAAAGUGCCCUCUGCAGUGGCGCCUGCUCUGUCUGCUGGGGCUGACCUGGCCCUCUCCUCCCGACAGACGCUGCCAUUCUUCACCAGCAUCCUGGGUGGGCUGUACCCCUCCAAGAGCAUCACCGUGUCGGGCACCGUCCUGCCCAGUGCUCAGAGGUUCUACAUCAACCUGCACUCUGGGAAUGACAUCGCCUUCCACCUGAACCCCCGUUUCAAAGAGAAUGCCGUGGUCCGCAACACGCAGGUCAACGGUUCUUGGGGGCCUGAGGAGCGAAGCCUGUCAGGAAAAAUGCCCUUCACCAGGGGCCAGAGCUUCUCGGUGUGUAUCACGUGUGAAAGCCACUGCCUCAGGGUGACCGUGGAUGGUGGGCACCUGUGUGAAUACUACCACCGCCUGAAGAACCUGCGUGCUAUCAACAACGUGGAAGUAGGGGGCGACAUCCAGCUGAGCCACGUGCAGACAUAGGCGGGAUCCCUGCCCAG